GUACUGCCAGUGCGUUGGCAACGAUCUCGUUCAGCCGUCUGAUAGAGCCGAAAAGGUGUUGCGAACGUAUCCAAGUUUUACAAUAAUGCCCCCCUCCUCCCUUCACGAUUCUAGUCAGCUUUUUUUAUAUGUAGUUUGACAGUUGGAGGCUGAAAACAAAAGUAGCCUGCGAUUUUCAGCCUGGAUCAUUUUUGCCGCUAGAGCAAGCAUUUGAUUCGAUUACCUGCUCUAAAAAAUGGCCAAACAAGGUGGUGUUUAUGUUUUUUUUUUAUCCGAAUCCGAAGGCAGCCUUAACUGACUAAUGUUCGCCCACACGACCGUUCUGCCGCCCAUCCGAUCACCAUCUGUUGCCCGUUUUGCCCGGGCGAACAUUCGCUGUUCGGCGUGGGAUGCACGAUCGCUCACUCAGGGGCGCACAGUGGAACGCACCAGACCGAACCAAUCCGGCAGCAAUGCUUCAAUGCUGCUGAACAGUGAUCACAUUGUAGUAACACCUUCUUCUCGCUCGCCUCCCCGCCAAAAGAAGUUGUUUCGCCGUUUUCCAGUGAAAAAAGAAAGGUGCCAAAGGAAAAAGCGUGUGCAGAAGUGCAUUGUUUAGUGUACGUGUGAGAGAGUGUUACAGCUUUCAAAUAUUGCGAAAGUUAAACUGCAAGCCGUCGACGGCCAACCCAACUAGUUCAUCCACGUUCCGUUCGUUUUUCAUGGAUCCCACCCCCAUACUGGCUCGAUCCGCGGUGUAGUUUCGCGCUCAUACCCCGCAGCUGGUGAAAUCCUCAAUCCCACUUCAGUCGCUGCAGUUGUGUGUGGCGCAGUGUGUACCCAUGGCGCAGCAAAAGUUCUUCUCCGGCCUGACCGAGGGCAUGAUCAAGCGGGCCGCGGGCGAGCGGCCGGACCGCCAAAAGACACAAUUCUACUGGCCUGACGAGGACGCCCCCGAUUCGGCAGCACCCACAGACACGGCCCCCUCACUCAAUGGUCGCCCACACCAACUGAGCCGAAGGUCGUCGACGGCGAGCAGCGGUAGUACUGCCGUCGACUCGCCCGCCACACUCCACUAUCGUCGCCGCCAAUCAAUUGGAGAGCCGAUUGAGCGGGACCGCCAUCCGAAGCACGCCGGAUCGAACAUCCAGUUCUAUGACGGUGUUGGUUCCUCGUUCGCCGAGCUGGAGCGCACGCGGGCGCACGAGCGUCACCGGAUCGAGCAGUUUCUGCGCCAGCAGUCAGAGGAGGAGACGGGCGGGGAGGCUCGGGCCAAGCGUCUCAGCACUUUGCAGUCCAAUAUCGCGUUUUACGACGACUGCACGUCUGUCGCGCUGCCAGUAGUGAACGGUAGCGGCGGAGAUCGGCGAACGCACACAGAAGGCUGGGAGCGAGCGGACAAGCAGGACGUAUCGGAGCUCAGUGAGCUCGAUGAUUUUGAUGACCGCAGCAGUUACCGGUCGGGCUCGGUCUGCUCGUCCACCACCAGCGGUUACCGGCGGUCGACGUCCGUGAUGCCCGAGCACAAGCGCAACUCCCAACGGCAUCUGCGGUCCAGCAUUAACUUCCACAACGGAUGUGCGACUGCCGACGACCGAGAGGAUACGCGGAAACCGGUCACCGUGCGCGAGUCGGCCACGGCCCGCGUGGUUGUCGGGUUGCCGAACCUGUAACCUCGCUCUCCCUGCAGCCAAUUGCUGUAGGGGUGGACAGACCCUUGCCACUCCCCUUCCCUCGAGCUGCUGGGUGAGAUGUUGCCGGCAUCCUGGUGAGGGGGGCUCCGACACCAUGCUCGCCAAAACAGCAAGAGUUGCACACCAGAACCUGCCACUGUGGAUUGCUUUGUGGAACAGACGUUCAUGGAUGGCGACAUAAACCCCUCCCUCCCUCUCUCUCUCUUUCGCUCUCUUUUUCUCUAAGCUUUGCUGUUAAUAAACUGACAAAUAAACUUUAAGAUUACAUUAACAAAACUAGCGACGCAGAUUA